CAUUCAGAAUCUUGGGUUAGCAAUCAUUUCUAUUAUUGCUGGCAUGAUAUUGGAUACUCGGGGAUAUUUGUUUUAGAAGUUUCUUUCAUUUCCUGUGUUUCUGGAUCACCUUUCAGUGGGUCCAAGUGGACAUUCCUUUUGUUUUUUCUCAGUUAUGACUUACUCCAAAAUAGGAGAUGAGGCACCAAAGGUUUUCCAGGCCUCAAGUGAAACCCAUAGGGCUCCAGCAGGAAUAAAGGAAACCAGGAAAGCAGUGAGAGAUUCUGACUGUGGACUAGAAAAAAUGGCUGUUGGUCAUCAUAUCCAUGACCACGCUCAUGUUACUAAAAAGUCAAAGAACAAGAAGACUGGAGCCGAAGAGUUCAGUCAAGAGUUCAUCAAUAUGAGUGAAAGUGAUGCUCAUGCCUUUGAGGAUGAGUGGCAAAAUGAGAUUAUGAAAUACAAACAAGGGAGACAAUGGCACAAUCUAGAAAACACUAGAAUGCAAAGUGUCGGUCAUGAGAAUUUUGGAACCAGAGAACUUAAAAGAAGUGAUUCUUUUCUUACACACCAAGAAAAUAUGCAACAGAGGAUACAUUUUUCUGAACCUUUUGGAAGAGAUGUGCUCAGUAUCUCUGUUGGAAGACAAAGAGCUCAUAAUCCUACAAGAUGUGAUGAUGGUGAAGAUUCUUUGUCUCCUCCAGCUGCCCUGAAUCCUGCCUCCCUGCUGCCCAAUCCAGAUCUAGAUGCUCCACUCUAUGACUGCAAAGAGAUACUAGCCCAGGUGCACAGCACCCAGGAGGACUUAAGAGAUCAACCAUGGCCAGAUGCAGAACUGACUUGGUAUACUGAUGAGAGCAGCUUCAUGCACAAUGGACACAGGGUCUGUAAGAUGACCAACGGAGCCCAUACUAAUAAUGAGCCAGGUCACCGCUUGAGGGGCAACAGACCCAGAGCCUACUGGGAGAUGGUCUUUACAGAGGUUGUACUGCAACAGCUCCCACAGCAGACUAUGCAACCAGACCCGAGCCAGCAAGAGGUGCCACCGAACACAUGCCAGUUACACCACCAAAUCCAGAUACACAACAGGAGUCUAUUAUAACCAAUGAGGACUUGACAACCAUGACAAUACGAGAGCUGACUUGCACCAUAAAGAACUGUAUGGUGGUGACUUCAGGAACUAAAUCUAAAUUCUUGGACACUGAGCCAGCUGUGAACUGUAACCCCAUUCUUCCACUAAGAAGUACUUUAUGUAAGUUCCGUG